CGCUCUGGUUUUUUUAGAGAGAGAAAAAGGAGAGAGAGAUAUAUAUUGGAAUGCGUUUGAUUUCUCUUUAGGUUUCGAAUUUACGACUUGGAUUUCUGAGGUAGCUAGCAAGAGCUUUCCGGAUUUUUGGAGAAAGAGCCCAUUGUUGUUGAGUUGGAAACUUUAAACCAUGGGAAACAGCGAGGAACCAAAGCCUACCAAAUCGGACAAACCAUCUUCACCUGCGGAUCAAACAAAUGUUCAUGUCUACCCUGAUUGGGCAGCUAUGCAGGCUUAUUAUGGUCCAAGAGUUGCCAUGCCUCCUUAUUACAAUUCAGCUAUGGCUGCAUCUGGUCAUCCUCCUCCUCCUCCUCCUUACAUGUGGAAUCCUCAGCAUAUGAUGUCACCAUAUGGAACACACUAUGCAACUGUUUACCCGCAUGGAGGAGGAGUUUACGCUCAUCCCGGAAUUCACAUGGGAUCACAGCCUCAAGGUCAAAAGGGUCAACCUUUAACAAGUCCGGGGACGCAUAUGAGCAUCGACGACACUCCUACUAAAUCUACGGGCAACACAGACAAUGGCCUGAUGAAGAAGCUUAAAGAAUUUGAUGGCCUUGCUAUGUCUCUAGGAAAUGGGAAUGCUGAAAAUAAUGCCGAUGGACAUAAGCGCUCACAUAACAGCUCUGAAAUGGAAGGUUCUACUGAUGCAAGUGAUGGGAAUACCACUGGGGCAGAUGAACCGAAACUUAAAAGAAGUCGAGAGGGAACUCCAACAAAAGAUGGGAAGCAUUUGGUUCAAUCUUGCUCAUUUCGUUCUGUUUCUCCGUCAAGUGGUGAUAACGGCGUACAACCUGUUCAAGGAGCUGGAGCUAUAGUCUCUCCUGGUGUAAGUGCAAAUUCCAACCCCUUGAUGUCACAAUCUUUAGCCAUGGUUCCUCCUGAAACUUGGCUUCAGAACGAGAGAGAACUGAAACGGGAGCGAAGAAAACAGUCUAAUCGAGAAUCUGCUAGAAGGUCAAGAUUAAGGAAACAGGCCGAGACCGAAGAACUUGCUCGGAAAGUCGAAGCCUUGACAGCCGAAAACAUGGCAUUAAGAUCUGAACUGAACCAGCUUAAUGAGAAAUCUGAUAAACUAAGAGGAGCAAAUGCAACCUUGCUGGACAAGCUGAAAAGUUCCGAACCCGAAAACAGAGUCACCGAGAAUAUGUUGUCUAGAGUUAAGAACUCAGGAACAGGAGACAAGAACAAGAACCAAGGAGACAAUGAUUCUAACUCUAACAACAAAUUGCAUCAACUGCUCGAUACGAAGCCUCGACGAGGUGGUGCAGUAGCUGCGGGCUAACUAAUGUUCGAUCAUAAGUCAUAACACACACUCGGGUAUCAAUUUCUACUUAAUUUGUCAACAUAAACAACAAGUGUCGCUAAUUCCAGAAAACUUGAUAAAUAGUAUAGAAGAUGAUUGAUCUAUAAGUUUUCAGAGAGAGAGAUAAGCUUUCCCUCCUGAUGAAAAUUUGGUGGUGUUUGUUAAUAUAGAGAGGUUUUUUGUUUUGUUUUGAUAUUGUGAUAUAUAUGGCUUCCUUUGUUGCAUUUUUAGACCUGAUGUAAUUUUAUGAGAGAGAUCUCUCGGAUCGGUGUUGCUGUUUUGCGAAGCUUU